AUGUCACGAGCGUCAACGCGUGUGAGCAUUCGCUGGUUGCCAGAUCCCGCAUCUGAAGAGACAGACACAUUAGUGCUAAGCGUUGAUGGAUACUAUGUCGACCUGAGGGUCCGCAAGUCUGACGGUGCCAUCGAUUGGUUGCUUGCUGGUGAGAGAAUAGUUGAUCCAGAAAACACUUCCAAAGUUAAAUUCACUCACAUAAUUGACUCAAAUCAUGAUCCAAGGGAUCCUCAUCCAGCUCCAGAUGUGGGCGAGUUCAGCAAGCUCCCAAAUGGUGACGAUCUUGAAACAGGUCAGAUGCCCAACCCAGCAGCUGGAGGAAAGAUGAUGGCUUACGAGGAAGUAUGGCGCGAACUUAACUGGAAGGUUUCACCAGAGAACACCGAUAUGAAUUGGAUUUUAGAGGCCCUUGACAAUCAUGAUGAUAAUGAUGACCUCAGGUGCAAAACCUUCUACGCAAAGGUAGGCAGGUACUACCUCGCCGCUCAAAAAAAGGAGAGGAAUCAUGACGCGCAGUUCGCAGCGAUAAGGCAGGAUUUCCAGCCCGAAACGCGAGAGUGGAAGGUCAUUUAUCAGAUAGGUGAUACGAGCAGAUUAGCCAGGUAUUCGGCAGAAGAUGAGGAGAUCACGAACGCAUGGAGCCUAGCAGAUCAAGUACAGUACGGAGGAGAAAGCUGCGUUGUAAGAGCUCUGUCAGCACAAUGA